AUGAGUUCAAGCAUCUCAGCUUCCUACACUGCCCGCCCCUUGUUUGCCGCACUCAACUUCCUGCCCUACCAGAGGAAGUGGGGAGCGAUAGCAGGUGCAGGAACAGCUAGCAGAGCCAUGGACAAGGAGUACGUGGGUUUUGCCGCCCUCCCCAACCAGCUGCACCGCAAGUCUGUCAAGAAGGGGUUUGACUUCACACUCAUGGUGGCAGGGGAGUCAGGCCUGGGGAAAUCCACCCUCAUCAACAGCCUGUUCCUCACCAAUCUCUAUGAGGAUCGGCAGGUGCCAGAGGCCAGUGCUCGCUUGACACAAACGCUGACCAUUGAGCGCCGGGGCGUAGAGAUUGAGGAGGGGGGCAUUAAGGUGAAGCUGACCCUGGUGGACACACCUGGCUUUGGGGACUCAGUGGACUGCUCGGACUGCUGGCUGCCGGUGGUGCACUUCAUCGAGGAGCAAUUCGAGCAGUAUCUGCGGGAUGAGAGUGGCCUGAACCGGAAGAACAUCCAGGAUACCCGAGUCCACUGCUGCCUCUACUUCAUCUCACCCUUCGGCCGGGGGCUCCGGCCCCUAGAUGUGGCCUUCCUCCGAGCGGUGCACGAGAAAGUCAACAUCAUCCCAGUGAUUGGCAAAGCAGAUGCCCUGACGCCUAAGGAAACACAGGCCCUCAAGCAGAAGAUCCGGGACCAGCUGAAGGAGGAGGAGAUCAACAUCUACCAGUUCCCUGAAUGUGACUCUGAUGAGGAUGAAGAUUUCAAGAGGCAGGAUGCAGAGAUGAAGGGAAGCAUCCCUUUCGCAGUCGUCGGUUCAAGUGAGGUGGUGAGGGAUGGCGGGACCCGACCCGUGAGGGGACGCUGCUACUCCUGGGGUACCGUGGAGGUGGAAAACCCACAUCACUGCGAUUUCCUGAACCUGCGACGGAUGCUGGUGCAGACACACCUGCAGGACCUGAAAGAAGUGACGCACGAUCUGCUCUACGAGGGCUACCGGGCCCGCUGCCUACAGAGCCUGGCCCGGCCAGGGGCUCGCGAUCGAGCCAGCCGCAGUAAGCUUUCCCGCCAGAGCGCCACAGAGAUCCCACUGCCCAUGCUGCCUCUGGCCGAGACGGAGAAGCUGAUCCGCGAGAAAGACGAAGAGCUGCGUCGCAUGCAAGAGAUGCUGGAGAAGAUGCAGGCCCAGAUGCAGCAGAGCCAGGCUCAGGGCGAGCAAUCGGACGCUCUCUGA